AUGGCGGGCAGCGACGUGGCCUGUGAAGGGCCAACGAGGAGGGGAGGCGCGACCCGGAGUCCCGGGGCUCCCGGGGGGCUGCGCAGUCAGGCAGCAGCCAGUUGCCCCGAACCGUUGUCCGCUACUGAUGCUCCGGCGGAACGCGGAGCGCUGCCCGCUUGGAUGCGCCUCUACUUCUACGGGAUGCACGGCAUCACCCUGGACGUGCUGGUGUCCUCGGCCAGGCGCUUCGCCCGCAGCCUGGAUCUGCGGAUGUUGGGCUUCUCGUCGCCCUACCGCUGCCUCCUGCACUCGCUCACCCACUUCGCCCUGGAGCAGCUCUACCUGCAGCGGCCGCGCUGCCCCAGCGCCUUCCUCUUCAAUUUCCUGCUCUACCCCUGGGCGCACGUGGGGUUGCAGACCCUGGCGGGUCAGGCACUGCUGCUCAGUCUAGGCGGCGGGCCGGGGGGCGCGGCGGCGCCGGGGGCACUCGACCUGGCGCUGCAAUACGUGCUGGCGCUCUACCACGGCCAAGUGUUCCUGAAGCGCUUCCUGCGUUUGCGGUACCCGCGGCAGCUCCAGCAGCAAACCAGGGACACACUAUCGGCAGCCCCGGACGCCCGAGUCCUUAUGGAGGCUGGAAGCGGGCAACAAGGACCCCGGAGCCCCAAGGGCGCAGAAGGAGCCCCCAGCCAAGGUCUGCCAGACCUCCUCCGCUUCCUUUUCUUCGGAAUGCACGGCUUUCUGGAUGAGAUCUUCUUCACCUUCUUCUUCAAUGUUCUGGGGCAGGGAGACGGAUCCAGCAGUGGGCACACAUCGCUCUGGUCCUUCUUCAUGUAUGGCAGUUGUAGCUUUGUGGUUGAAAAACUCUACUUCCACCUUCACUACAGCCGUGGCUGGGGCACCUGGAAGCGGGUGCCCAUUUAUGUGAUCUUUAUCUAUGCGUGGGAGUUUUCUUGGGGUCUGGGGCUUCGCAUGUGUGGGGCCUGUUCCUGGGACUAUUCUCACUAUCCGCUCAAUUUCAUGGGCCUCAUCACGUUGAUGUAUUUACCUGGUUGGCUCUUCCUUAGUGUGUACCAGGACCUACUGUCCAACGUGUUGUGGAGGGUACAGUAUGUUCCAACAAACUAA